AAUAUAGAUUCGAAAUCUAAAGCAGGAAAGAAAGAGUAGAACAAACGCCUGAAAAAACAAAAAAAAAAAUCAACCGAGGAAGAAAGAAAGGGCUUCCACUCAACGCGCUUUCUCUCUUCCUCUUCCUCUCACUCACGCCAUGAGCCUCUUCGGUAUUGGCAGAAACCAGAGAACAUUCCGCCCAAAAAAAAGUACUCCUUCUGGAAGCAAGGGAGCUCAGCUUAGAAAACACAUUGAUGCGACAUUAGGUAGUGGAAAUCUGAGGGAAGCAGUAAAGCUACCUCCUGGAGAGGAUUUGAAUGAGUGGCUAGCUGUCAACACUGUUGAUUUUUUCAACCAGGUGAAUCUGCUCUAUGGCACCCUCACAGAGUUCUGUACUCCCGAGAAUUGUCGCACCAUGUCUGCGGGACCCAAGUAUGAAUAUAGAUGGGCAGAUGGUGUGCAAAUUAAGAAACCUAUUGAGGUUUCUGCUCCAAAAUAUGUAGAAUAUCUGAUGGACUGGGUUGAAACACAGCUUGAUGAUGAAUCCAUAUUCCCCCAGAAGCUUGACCUGUGGGAUCAUGAUGCAGGUUCUCCAUUUCCUCCCAAUUUCAAGGAUGUCGUGAAGACAAUAUUCAAGCGGCUGUUCCGUGUAUAUGCUCAUAUUUAUCAUUCUCACUUUCAGAAAAUUGUGAGCCUCAAAGAAGAGGCCCAUCUAAACACCUGCUUCAAGCAUUUUAUACUCUUCACUUGUGAGUUUGGACUGAUUGAAAAGAAGGAACUGGCUCCACUUCAAGAGCUUAUAGACACCAUUAUAUAUUAAAGUUAUGAAUUGUGAAAUAUCUUAUCUUAGUCAUCAUAAACUAUGUAUGUGUAUUACUCUAGUCAGAGACUGGUUUUUAAUAUCUGACUUGAGACAUUCUCCUUGUAUGUUCUGUGUUGAAUGAGUUUGGGAACAGGGUCUAAGUUAUCCUCCAUCAUAGAAAACUCACAUUAAGUUCAUAAAUAAUAUGCAAUGGGAUACUAUAGAUCGUAUUCCUAAUGUGUGACUUUAAAGUAUUGGCUAUUGUUUGCCAACUGAUAACCGUACUUGUUUGAUUGA